AUGCCGCUCUAUGUGAUUGUGAAGGAGGAGAGUGAAGAACUGAGUGAAGAUGAGGAGAAACAUCAUGUCAAAAGUGAAACUGAAACAAAUGCAGAUCACAGUAUCUUAAUAGAAAGAACAGCAGUGAAAGGUUUAGUAUGCACUGAGUGUGGAAAGAGUUUCAAGCACAAAUGCUCUCUCAACGUCCACAUGAAGAUCCACACUGGAGAGAAACGCUACAAGUGUUCACACUGCGAGAAGAGCUUCAUUCAUUCAGGACAUUUGAAACGGCACCAGAGGACUCACAGUAGAGAUAAACCAUUUCACUGCACUGCUUGUGGGAAGAGUUUCAAACAUUUGUGUUCGCUGCAAAAACAUGCAAUCAAGCUUCACAAUCUGAUUGUGAAGGAGGAGGAGACUGAAAAACUGAGUGAAGACAUGAAAGACCACCUUAGUGUUCAUGCAAAGGAGAAAAUACACUCAUGCUCUUGGUGUGGAAAGAGUUUUAUACAGCAGUCGCAUUUACGAAAACAUCAGAGGAUCCACACCGGAGAGAAACCGUGCACGUGUCCUCAGUGUGGGACGAGUUUCACACAAUCGUCAAACCUUCUUCGACACAUGCUGAUCCACACUGGAGAGAAAACACACAGAUGUGAUCAGUGCGGCAAAACUUUUUUUAGACCUUCAGAGCUGACGAUCCAUCUCAGAGUUCAUACAAAGGAGAAGCCGUAUUCAUGCUCUGAGUGUGGAAAGAGUUUUACACAACAGACUCAUCUAAAAUCACAUCAGAACAUCCACACUGGUGUGAGAGAGUUUUUGUGCUUCAUGUGUGAGAAGACUUUUAUUAGAGCUGCAGAAUUAAAGCGUCACAUGAGGAUCCACACCGGAGAGAAACCGUACGUCUGUUCACACUGCAACAAGAGAUUCGGUCAAUUAGGAGGUCUGAAAAGACAUGAGAUGAUCCACACUGGAGAGAAGCCGUUCACAUGUUAUUAGUGUGGGAAGAGUUUCACACAAUUAGCACAUCUUAAUGAACACGUGCUGAUCCACACUCGAAACACACAAGUGUGAUCAAUGCGGGAAAACGUUUUUGAGGCCUUACGAGUUGAAGAGACAUCUUAGAGUUCAUACAAAGGAGACGCCUUUGUUAGAAAAGAGUUUUAUACAUCAACACAAUUCACCUUGCUAAACACUCUCCUCUGUAUUCUCAAAAUCAGAUUUCACAGUUAAACGCGUUUAUGUUAACGAAUUCCAGUCGUUUGGUAAUGGGACAACAUGUGCGCACGCGAUCACAAUUAGCACAAUCCCCACCUGUGUAAGUACAUGUCCAGCAGUGCAGUGGAAUAUCCAGUGGUUUGACUCCAGGGUGUUUGGGAAAUGCCAAAAAACGCUUUAUGCCUAAAAAUGACGGUGGCUCAGUGGUUAGCACUGUCACCUAACAGAAAGAAGGUCACUGGUUUGAGUCCUGGCUUGGCCAUUUGGCAUUUCUGUGUGGAGUUUGCAUGUUCUCCCCGUGUUGGCGUGGGUUUCCUCCAGGUGCUCCGGUUUUCCUCACAGUCCAAACACAUGUGCUAUAGGGGAAUUGAUGAACUAAAUUGGCCGUAGUGUGUGUGAAUGAGUGUGUAUGGGUGUUUCCCAGUACUGGGUUGCAGCUAGAAGGGCAUCCGCUGUGUAAAACAUAUGCUGGAAUAGUUGGCGGUUCAUUCUGCUGUGGCGACCCCUGAUAAAUAAAGGGACUAAGCUGAAGGAGAAUGAAUAAAUGAAUGUAUAUUGUGAUGCACUUUACAUACAUUUGCUAAAUUAUAUACUUUUAUUUUUUUAUUCCUUUAUGAUCUGUGUUUUCUUCAAAUGUUUGAACAAACCUGGCAAUAAAACUGAUUCUGAUUCAGUAUCGAGUCUUCUGAGCGUCUUUGGUAGUGUUCGAAAUGGCACACUGGCUUA